CCAGGGACAUGGCGCCGAUAAUAAUGAAGCUACGCGUUGGAACUACGAGAGGAGAAACGAUCCCGUCGCUGACACCGAUCAGUCAAAACCUCCACAACAGAUAAUCACGGAUUACUUUCUCCCAUCUCUCGGUUCAUACCCACAAUGCCCACUCAAAGUCAGACCACUGCCAACAUGGCAGACCAGAUCGAGGCGAUCCCCGGAACGGUCCACCUGGUUGACGCUCAGGGAAGUAUGGACUCGCAGCACGCCAAAGGAGCGGAGCAUGAUAUCGUUCUUGUCCCAGCUCCAUCAGCUCACCCGGAUGAUCCGCUGAACUGGUCGCCGAGGAGGAAAUACCUCUCUGCUUUUUGCAUGGCAGCAUACGUGCUUGUCAUUGGUAUUUGCUCGUCGGCGCUGUACUCUACCUUGGGACCUCUUUCGGAGUCGACGGGGCUGAGCUACAGUGAUCUCAAUUCUGGAACCGGAUACAUGUUCCUCUUCUUCGGCUGGGGAUGUAUCAUCUGGCAGGCCAUCGCCAUCCAGUACGGCAAGCGACCCGUUUAUCUGUUGACGACAUUGGGCACUUUGGGCGUAAUGGUCUGGCAGCCGCAUGUACGAUCAAACGGCGAGUGGAUCGCCACCAAGAUUUUGCAGGGAGUCUUUGGUGCACCCAUUGAGUCAUUGGCAGAGAUCACGGUUUCAGACGUCUUCUUCACGCACGAACGAGGCAAGUUCAUCGCUCUGUAUGCCCUCGCCCUUGGCUACAGCAACGGUAUCGCGCCUCUCAUUAUGGGCUUCAUCAAUGACGGCCAAGGAUACCAAUGGGUAUUUUACUGGUGUGCCAUCUUCUGUGCAGUCCUGCUUCUCAUUAUCUUCUUCUUCAUGGAGGAGACCAAGUUCGAUCGAGCGAAAUACAUGACCCGCAACCAUAUCGAUGGUCAGGCUGUUGCUAGCGAGAACCAAACAUCGACUGAACCUGAUACCAAAGACGACAUCGAUACGAAGCACGACGUUGAACAAGACCAAGUCGCGACUACCACUCUAACCAACGUCAGCGCACCUAAUGAGACCUUUGAUAUCGACAACACUCAGCUCAGCAAGAAAUCUCGAAUGUCUCGCCUGAAGCCCAUCGAGCGCAAGAAUUUGAAGGGCGAGAACAGACUCAUCAAGCUCAUCAGCCGGCCGAUCCUCCUCCUUGCGUUCCCAAUCAUCUCAUACGCUGGUUUCAUCUAUGGUUGUAACAUCGUCUGGCUUUCCGUAUUGAACGCGACUGAGUCAAUGGUUCUGUCAAACAAGCCUUACAAUAUGCCCACUUCGACCGUUGGAUUGACUUUCAUCGCUCCUCUUAUUGGCACAACCCUUGCCUGUAUCUACACUGGAAUUUUUGGCGACAGAUUCAUCAUCAAAAUGGCGCGUCGCAAUGGGGGUUUCAUGGAGGCUGAGCACCGUCUGUGGCUUUUCCUCCCCUCUCUCAUCCUCAUCCCCUUUGGAUGCAUCUUGUUUGGUGUCGGAGCUUACUACGAGGCGCAUUGGUUCUCAAUCGUCUUUGCAAUGGGCGUCAUCUCCUUCACUACCACUGCCGGUUCACAAAUCUCCAUUGCGUACUGCAUCGAUUGUUAUCGAGAUCUCGCUAGCGAGGCUUUGGCUACCGCUAUCAUCAUCCGAAAUACGAUGGCCUUCGGCAUUGGUUAUGGUGUCACACCCUGGGUUGUCAACCUGGGCUAUCAGAAUGCCUUUAUUCUGGGUGCGUUCGCGGGUCUGGCACAUAACUUGACCAUAUUCCCUGUUAUGAAAUGGGGACGGGCUCUGCGCCAGCGAAGUGCAGAGAAGUAUUGGAACACUGUCAAGGAGGGAGCAGAUCUUGACCUCAACCACUGAGGCUCCGCGUCGCACAAUAAAGAGCUACCGAUGCAUUUGUAGAGUCAUUACGGAGCAGGUCUGGAUGAUGUAGCGAUCGCGUUUAUAGCUGUAUCCUUCGAAAGCGUUUAGCUAUUGCUCCAUCUGUUACACUGCGAGUUCACGCGCAGAUGCUUCAACAAUACUAGUCAAU